AUGAGUAUUUUGGCCAAAUCAAGAGCGGCUCUUGUUAUAGUAGCAGGAAUCCAACAAGGUGUUGUUUCAGCAUUAUCCCACGUACCAUACACUCCCUUUCCUGGAAAGACAGAUCGCAUCACUCGCGAUACGGCUAGGAUGAUCAUAAAGACUCUUGCUAAUCCACAUCCUGGAAAUGAGGCAAAGUACCGAGUUACGUCAACGAUUUCGGCUAUUGCUGGACAAGGGCCUUCAUUCAAUCCUAUUCGCUUGGUUCAUUCGGAUCCGCAAGUGUCCCGAGCGUCCAGCAUCAUCUGCAGUGCGGAUCUUGUCGCGACCAAAGCUGCUUCUUCAACCUCUUGCCUCGCGUCAAACCUCGUUUCACUUACUCAUAGCUCAUUCUCUAACGACUCCACAACUUCCUCAGGGUCGUAUGUUCGACAAGACGCUCGAUCGAGUUCUGCACAUUCUCGAUUAACACCUCAUGGAAGAAGACACUCUCCUACCAUAUCCGAUGUGCUCAGAUUCCGAAAUCGCAUCGGAAUUCUCAGUGAUUUUUUGCGAAACCCGCGUCAUGUACGUCGAGUAUUGAAUGCUUUGUCUACAGAGACUCACGUACUUGUUCAGAAACCUCCAACGCCAGUGGUACGAUCAAAUUCGGACGCAUCGACGCAGCAUGGCGAAGACACCAGCUCAGGAAAUAACUAG